AUGGGUAUCAAACAUCUGUUCCAAGUCAUCGACGAGCACUGUCCGGAUGCCGUCAAGACUGGAGAAAUCAAGAACCAGUUUGGUCGCAAAGUUGCCAUCGAUGCCUCCAUGUCACUGUACUCAUUCCUCAUCGCCGUCCGCUCUGAGGGUCAACAAUUGAUGAACGAAUCUGGAGAAACAACAUCACAUCUCAUGGGAAUGUUCUAUCGCACGCUGCGCAUGGUUGACAACGGCAUCAAGCCUCUCUACGUCUUCGACGGUGCUCCACCAAAGCUCAAGUCGGGUGAACUCGCCAAACGUUUCCAGCGCAAGACCGAAGCCGAAGAGGCACACGAAGAGGCCAAAGAGACGGGUACUGCUGAGGACAUGGAGAAGUUCAGUCGCCGUACUGUCCGCGUCACGAGAGAGCACAACGCUGAAGCUCAACGGCUGCUCAAGCUCAUGGGCAUCCCGUACAUCAUUGCUCCUACCGAGGCCGAAGCUCAGUGUGCUGCCCUUGCUCGCGCGGGAAAAGUCUAUGCUGCUGCUAGUGAGGAUAUGGAUACCUUGACCUUCAACGCUCCCGUGCUCCUUCGCAAACUCACAUUCAGCGAGCAGCGCAAGGAACCUAUCCAAGAAAUUCACCUGGACAAAGUCUUGGAAGGUCUAGACAUGACCAUGGACCAGUUCAUCGACAUGUGCAUCUUGCUCGGCUGCGAUUACGUCGAUCCCGUCAAGGGCAUCGGCCCAAAGGUCGCCUACACCAUGAUCAAGGAACACAAAAGUCUCGAGGCUGUCGUCGAUAUGCUCGAAAACAACAAGAAGUACACCAUUCCCGAGGAUUGGCCAUGGGCUGAAGCCAAGAUUCUCUUCAAAGAACCCGACGUUCGCUCAGCCGAAGACCCUGAAUGCGACUUUGAGUGGAAAGCCCCAGAUGUCGAGGGUCUUGUCAAAUUCCUGGUCGAGGAAAAGGGCUUCAGCGAAGACAGAGUCAAGAGUGGAGCAGCUCGUCUCACCAAGAGUCUCAAGAGCGCACAGCAAAGCAGACUGGAGGGCUUCUUCAAGCCAGUUGCCAAAACUCCCGAAGAGCAAGCGAGCUUGAAGCGCAAGAACGAGGCCAAGCAAGAGGAGAAGAAAAAGAAGCAGAAGCAGGCAGCCAAGGAGAAGAAGGAUGCUAAGGCCAAGCCCAGAGGCACCGCCUAG